GGACACGACGGAUGCACGUCGGCAUACUCUUCACACCGAAACCGGACGGAAGCCUGCGCAUGUGCAUUGACUACCGAGCUCUUAACAAGCAGACAAUCAAGAAUAAAUAUCUGAUACCGCGAAUCGAUGACCUGCUUGACCAGCUUCAGGGAGCUACGGUAUUUUCCAAACUGGAUUUGCGGUCCGGAUACUGGCAGAUACGGAUGGCGGACAACUCUAUCCACAAAACUGCUUUCCGAACUCGGUAUGGAUCGUACGAGUAUUUGGUAAUGCCGUUCGGACUCACCAACGCACUGGCAACGUUCCAAGCCGAAAUGAACCACAUUCUAAGACCACUUUUGGACGAGUGCGUGGUGGUGUACCUGGACGACAUCCUCAUCUACUCGCGCGACAUGAAGCAGCACGUCGAACACCUGCGACGCGUCUUCGAAAUUCUUCGACGAGAACGGUUCUACGUCAAACUGUCCAAGAACGAAUUCGUCCUCGAGAAGGUCCAGUUCCUAGGACACAUAGUGAGCGCUCAAGGAGUUUACGUCGACCCCAAGAAAAUCGAAGCCGUACGUACGUGGAAGACACCCGAGAACAUGAAGGAGUUGCAGCAGUUCCUAGGCUUCGCGAAUUAUUACAACAGGUUCGAAGCCGUGGAGCAACUGAAACAAGCACUCACGACCACCCCGGUACUCAUCUUGCCAGAUCCCGAACGCGACUACGUAAUCGAAGCUGACGCCAGUGACCAGGCAGUGGGAGCAGUCUUGAUGCAAGACCAAGGAAAUGGACUGCAACCAAUCGCCUACCUCAGCAAGAAACUGCACGGGGCAAAACUAAACUACCCGAUACACGACAAAGAGGCCCUUGCCAUCGUCAUCGCCUUCAAAGCGUGGAGAUGUUAUCUCGAAGGACGACGAACAACCGUCUACACCGACCACUGCAGCCUGAAAUAUUUGAAAGACACAACCCAACCGUUCCAGGCGACAGACCGAGACCCCAAGUUCACCAGCAAGUUCUGGAAGAAACUCAUGUCUCUACUCGGGACCAAACUCGCCAUGUCAUCCGCCUACCAUCCGCAGACAGACGGACAGACCGAGCGCCUCAACCAAAUUGUUGAGCAACUCCUCCGAGCAGCCUGCAAGGACGAGAUCUCCAAAUGGGACCUGCACCUGCCCGUUCUAGAGUUUGCUUACAACAACGCUACACAUGCCGCUACUGGACAGACGCCGUUCUUCCUCUGCUACGGACGCCACCCACUCACACCACAGAACCGACAACAUCCGCUACACUGGGUACCUGAGAUCGACAUGGGUAACGCCCGUCGUCCUCUGCAUGACUACCUUGUCAAGCAGGCACCAGGCGACCCGACCCCACCACUACCCCCGCCCGCACCCCCGCCGCCCCCUCCGCCGCGCCCAGCCUUGGGGCGGCGGCCCUUCCCAGAACGGGCCUGCGAAUAAUUGAAUAAUGGUAAAGUGAGAGU